AGAGAAGAUACCCAGCAGCGAUAGCUGAAAGACAGACUAGACCAAGAGGGUGAGUCCUGCUGCGCAGGGCAUUAUUCGAGUGUUGGGUGUCCUAGCGCGAGCAUGACUGCUGCCUUGAGCGCCUCUGUGAUGGAUCACGGUUUCCACAAGCGGAACCAAAGCUUCUUGGUCGGACAUCAUCACCAUCAUCCUGUUGUUCACCAUCCGCAUCAUCAUCACCAUCACCAGAACUUUAACGGUGUAACCAGUUUCAAUUUCAGUUCAGUGCCCGUCCAUUCACAAUUAGCGAGUAGUGCCGGUGCUGUUGCUAGUGACCAAACGGCCAACAAUAACGUCGGCCUCUUAUCGUCAGUGACAUCGUCGUCGUCGUCGUCGUCGGCGCCGGAGAACAAUUGCACGUCGACUAGUACGUUAACUAGCUCGGCGUCCGUCUCCUCGUCGUCUUCGGCCAACAGUGCGUCCAGCAAUUCGUCGGCUUCUCACAUGCUCAACCCGUUCAUGGACGGCACUCACAUGGGCCUGAAAUUGGCCCAGUCGGGUUCGCACACGCACACGACCAUGUCGACGGGCGAUCAGAACCAGCACUUUAGCCAAUCGGCGUACCCGGUUUCGCACCAUCCGCACGCCCCGCACGGCCCGCCGCCGCCGCCGCACGUCGGCUCCUACGCGGCGCGCGAUUUCCUGCUGCGACGGGACGCCAUGUCGUCGUUGGACGCCCAUUCGGGCCAGCAUCAUCACUCGCACAUGUUCCCCGGGUCGAGCGCGGCGGCCGCGCUGGCGGCCGAACACGCGGCGGCGGCCGCCGCCGCGGCCGGCAACGUUUCGCAUCACGCCGGCCACGUCCUCUUCCCCGGCUUAGUACCUGCAGACCACCACCACCACCACCACAUGCACCACCACCAGCAGGCGGCCAUGAACCACCAGCAAAUGCGUCUGCCGAUGGAAAUGUAUUCGCGCGAGCAGUUCCACAGCGUCUCGGGAAUGACGGCGGCCGCGGCGGCGGCCAACCAGUUCCACACGGCCAUCGCCAACCCGAUGGCCUCCAUGACGCCCAUGGCUCACCACCACGCGGCGCAUCACGCUCACCAGGCGGCCCAGGCGGCCGCCCAGGCCGCGGCGCACGCUCACGCCGGAUCGGGAGCCUUCUUCCGCUACAUGCGUCCCCCCAUCAAACAAGAGCUGUCCUGCAUGUGGAUCGACGCCGAUCAGCCGAGUCCGAAGAAGACGUGCAACAAGUUGUUCAAUUCCAUGCACGAGAUCGUCACGCACAUCACAGUGGAACACGUCGGUGGCCCCGAAUGCACCAAUCACGCCUGUUUCUGGCAGGGCUGCUGCCGAAACGGCCGACCUUUCAAAGCCAAGUAUAAACUAGUGAAUCAUAUUCGUGUGCACACGGGCGAAAAGCCGUUCCCGUGCCCUUUCCCCGGUUGCGGCAAAGUGUUCGCCAGGAGUGAAAACCUCAAAAUUCAUAAGCGGACCCACACAGGUGAGAAGCCGUUCAAGUGCGAAUUCGAUGGAUGCGAUCGCCGGUUCGCCAACAGCUCCGACCGCAAGAAACACUCGCACGUGCACACGUCGGACAAGCCGUACAAUUGCAAGGUGCGCGGCUGCGACAAGUCGUACACGCACCCGUCGUCGCUGCGCAAACACAUGAAGGUGCACGGCAAGAGCACGCCGCCCAACGGCUCCAGUUACGAUUCGGACAAUCCGGACAACGACAGCGACAGCGACUCGUCGCCAUCGAGUUCGCCGUCGCCAACGCCUACGCCUCCGUCUAGCGGCUCGUCUCACGUCAUCCAGGGACACACCAAUCUCGGCCACGCGGCGCUCAACAACAGCCUGUUGGGUUCGCUGCCGAUCAACCAUCCGACCAACCUGUCCGAGUGGUACAUCUGCCAAAGUGCGGCCGGCAUGCCCACUCCACCGUCCACCGAACACUCGCCCAUCGGACCAGUGACCCACUUACAUCAUCCAGCCCCAUCGACAGUGGCUUAUUGACGCUCAACCACCUGAACUAAAGUCAGCCGCUCAACUAAACAGCACUAUAUCCAUUUUGUCUUUGAUCCCGCCCCCCUUUUUUAAAUAUUAUUAUUUCGAAAUCACCUUCCCUAUUCUAAAAAUUUUCAACGAGCUAAGAAACAAAAACGCUUUGGCGCAUUUCGUGUGUGUGUGUGGGCUUCAUUCUUGAUGACCAAACACCCGUCACAACACAACGAUUCUUAUUUUUGAAAAAUUAGACGGGAGUAAAAAGAAAAUGGAAAGUUUUGAGCCCCCACCCCCCAUAUCCAGUUUGCCCAUCGAUGAUAUUUGCAUAUAUAGGCUUGUGUGCCUGUAUAUAUAUACAUCCGUUGCAAUUAUUUCUUUUGGGGGCUUUGUGCUGCCUCCUCUUCAUAUCCGACAUUUGUUUUCAAAAUAACAGCGACUAUUAUAUAGCACACAAAAGGAAAAGAAUUCGUCUUUUCUUAUAUAACUCCUCGAUACGUGAAUUUUUGUUUCAAUUCGACUUCGGUCCUGCAAUUAUGUUCAGAUGUCGAUUGAUACACCUGUACAGCAGUGCUCAUUGUUUUGCAAAAAAAGAAGAAGAA